AUGAAUCGACUUCCUGUUUAUGAGUUGAUCCGAGAUUCGAACAUCUACCGUAAUACGUCCCCCGGAUCUUCGGUUAUCCUACCACUGGUUGGUGACAAAUGUACAAUUGUAAUCUAUGACGUGCAGGUGUCAGAAAACUACAAUUGUAAGUUUUCAGUAUGGUUUAGUGAGAAGGCAGUGGUAGUUGGCACUCCAGAAGAGGACACUUCUUCUGUUGUGCUGGAAUUGGGUUCGGCAGACUGCAUAAUAGACAGAGGGCUGGAGAUGUUGGUGUCUAAGAUGCGAGUGGGCGAUAUUCAAGAGUUUUGUUUGGGCGACGGUCAAGGCGGCACAAUUACCGGAUGCGUUCGGUUGUUAGCUGUUCAAAAGUGUGUGGCCCUUAGGAGUUGGCACACCGACGAUCAAAUGAAGCUGAUCGAAGCAGCUAGGCAAAAAGAGGCUGGUAACAUACUAUUUCGGCAGAAACGGUACAUGGAUGCAUUUCAUCGAUUUAACCUGUCCAUAAGAUCAGUGUUGUUUUUGCGUGAUGAGAAAGCUGAAGGAGUGCGCGAAAAACGGGACAUUUUGUACAGUACAGUGUGCAACAACAUGGCCGCGUGCCAGUUAAAACUGCACAACUACGAGCACGCUCGCGUGUUGGCCACAAAGGUGUUAACUGUUGACCCAAGCAAUUUGAAGGCUUUUUUACGACGUAGUCAAGCAUUUGUUGAACUGAAGAUGUUUGACAACGCAUUUGUUGACGCUCGCUAUGUGUUAGAUCACUGCCCUGCUAACACAUUAGCUAAACGUUAUUUGGACAAGGCUGCUCGUGGUAUAGAAGAUCAAAAAGCUAACUACAAAGUGAUGGUUAAGAGAAUGUUCCAUUAA